UGGUCAAAAAGAGCAGGCAAAAGGGAAGAAAAUUAUGUAGGACUGAGGUCCUACCCUCCUCCGAAAGACUUGGCUCCUCUAUGUGACACCUGUCCCACACGAAUCUCAGAGCAGCUUACUCCCUCGUCUCUCCAGUUCCCAUUCUCUUCCUUUGCUCGGUGAGGCAGCGAGCUCGCGUCUGACCAGCGAGCUUUAGCCGUGCGCCCCCUGGCGUUGAGCAGCAUCAAGUCCAAGCUCGCGCUGCCGGCUUGCCGCUAGUCUGCUAGAAGAACUCUCAUGAUUUGGACGAGACUGCGCUGUCGACUCGAAUCUGCUACAUGAUUAUUCACUGAUUCGAUUUUUCUUGCCUCAUAGCGAAAUUAUUCAAUGAUUUGAUUUUUCUUGCCGUUGAGUUUGCUCUGUAUGGUGUACUGCACUGAUAAUCAUUGCUGGUGAUUGACUUGAAGGAUUUCUUUCUUUUUGCCGGGUGAGCAUUUUAGGAUUAUAGCGUUAAUUUAUUGAUGUUUCUUCUCGACGAGCGCCUCAUGUGAGCUUGGAUGCUUUCACGUUACUGAUAUCGUUUGAUUCCGGCGUUAGCGACAACCUGCCGAGCUUCAUGCCGCUCACCCGCUGGUCGGACGCGAGCUCGCCGCCUUCACCGAGGAGAGGAAGAGAAUGGUGAACUGGAGAGACGAGGGAGUAAGCUGCUCUGAGAUUCGUGUGGGACAGGUGUCGCAUAGAGGAGCCAAGUCCUUCGGAGGAGGGUAGGACCUCAGUCCUACAUAAUUUUCUUCCAGCAAAAAAAAUCCACGCGAGAGAAUUCUGUUGGGAGGCAUCCACGCGAAUCGGAGUCGUCCGCACGAAGACGGAGAUUUGGUCCUGCACUCUACUCUAGAUCGCAAAACCGCACGUACGGAACCCCGCGGCCAUGGCCGCGCCCGCGGGCAACGUCGAGACCCCUCCUCGCCGCCGCGUGCGCCGCCGCAUCGCCGCCGCCGCGGCCGAUGACGGCGGCGAGGUCGACGACGAUGGCCUCAGCGUGCUGCCCGACGAACUGCUCCUCGUCAUCCUGGGCCGGCUCGACACGCGCACGGCGCUCGCCGCCGCCGCGCUCUCGCGGCGCCUGGACCGCCUCGCGCGCGAGAUCCCCGCGCUCGUGUUCAGCGUCCGCGACGUGCUCCCGCCGCGCUACCACGCCUGCGUCCGCGCCCACGGCGACGCCGCCGGCGCGGACGCCAGGAAGCUCGACGCGGCGAUCGGCCGGUGCGAGCGCCGCGCCAUCCGCGGGUUCGCCGACUGCGUCAGCGCCUUCAUGGAGCCGCGCGUCGCCGUCGCCCCGCGCCGCGCCAGGAGUCUCCGGCUCGAGUUCUUCGCGGCGCGCAGCACGGGCUUCGUCGAGGACCUGAUCGCCAUGGCGGUCGGCGCGUGGGGCGUCGAGGACCUCGACAUCACCGUCGUCAAGCCGGCGCUGGUCGAGCAGGGCCCCUGCUACGCCUUCUGCUUCCCCGACCACCGCCUCAGCGCGGAGUCGCUCCGGUCGCGCAUCCGCAGCCUCGCCGUGUCCAACUGCUUCCUCCCGCCGCCGUCCGAGCUCCGGCACUACGCCGCGCUCACCAAGCUCGUCCUGCAGGACACGCACCCGCGGACGCCCCUCGCCUUCUACCGCCAGGUGCUCGACGCGUGCCCGCGGCUCAGGGCGCUCCACCUCCGCCGCUGCGGCGCGCCGUGGUACGCCGCGCUGGUGGUCGACGGGAUGCCGGAGCUCCGCGAGCUCGUCGUGGACGGCUGCGGCUUCCACACCGUCGACCUGCGCGCGGCGCCGGCGCUGGAGCGCGUGGCGUGCGUGGACGGCCCCGUCGCGCUGGCCUUCGGCGGCGCCCCGCGCCUCGCCCGCCUCAGCCUCACCUACGCGCUCGACGACCGCCUGGUGCUCGUCCGGAACUGGAGGCUCUCCGGCCUCCUCGGCGACGCCCCGGCGAUGGCGGAGCUCCUCGUCCGCUUCACCGGCGAGCCCAAGUGGAUGACCUCGGGACCGCUCCGCUCGCCGCUGCCCGGCCUCCGCAGGCUCGUCGUCGCCGACAUGCCGUCCAACUGGGACGUGUCGUGGCCGCGCGUCAUCCUCGAGGCGGCGCCAUGCCUCGAGGUCCUCCACAUCCACGUCCAAGAAGAAGAAGACGACGCCGGGACAACGGCGGCGGCGGCGGCGGAGAUACCAUGGCCGCCGGCGGAGAGCGCGCGGCACGAGCGCCUCGCGGAGCUGGCGGUGGUGGGGUUCGCCGAGACGCGGGGGCAGGUGGGGUUCGUGAGGCACGUGGUGGAGGCGUGCGUGGCGCUGCGGCGCGUCGUGCUGGUGAGGCGCGGGCGCGUCGUGGUCGGCAGCGAGGGGCGGUACUGGGACUGGAAGCUGGUGGCGGCGGAGGCGGCGGCGCCGCGUGAGGGGGAGGUGGGAGGUGGCGGCGGCGACGGCGAGCGCCCGACGGCGGCGGCGGAGUGGAGCGAGGUGGAGAAGAUGGUGAUACGGAGCCAGGUGAAGAGCGCGUCGAGGCCUGACGUGGAGGUGUUCAUUGGAUGACGUAUGCUAUCACGAGUCCACAAACACUUUUUGGACCUAGUGCCGAUUGUAUGCGUAAUUGCGUAUAAAGGGUGUAUAUGAUAUUUUCACAUCUAAAAUCUUAAAUC